AUGACGAGCCCCAAUGCAUGCGUACAUGGCGAGCUCUCAUACCGGCCGUCAGCAUGUGCUGAAGAAUCUGGUUUCGUAAGGCCCGAUGCGGGCCGCAGAAUAGCGGCGACGACCAAAUCAGGGCGGAAUCCUUUCAAAGUGAAAGGCACGGGAGACAGAAUAGUUCAAAACGCUAUCAACACCGCUGCUAGUCGGUUGACUCCAACAUUUCCCGGGCCGUUGGUCGUGCCUGAUGAUGCCUUGGCACUGGACCCAAAGGAUCCCCCACAGAGCUUCCGGUCCUGGCUCUAUGAGGGCCAUAGGAACAAGCCUACAAAACGAAAGAAAACUCUGUACGUCGCUGCCGUACCCAAGGUAUCCGCCAAGACGACGCACAUGACUCCAUGCAAGGACCCAAGAGUUGGAUCCAAUGGAAACUUCAGUAAGAAAGCGAAGUUCUCGCAAGCCUCAGUACCAAGCCCCAAAGUGGAGGACGUCAUUGAUUAUCUGGGCGCGUUUUACCACGGCAUGCCCGUGAAGCCUUUUCCAGAGCAGUUGCAGUACGUGCCGUGGACGGAAAGAAGCUCUGCCGGUGGACAAAAGUACGUGGGUCUCGCGACAAGCAACAACUGCACGAGAAUCCGCAUGCGGCCAUCUCCGGAUGGUCUGUACACGGGCCAGCUGAAUCAGGAAGAUAUAUUGGAUGCAGCAAUCGAGAUGUUGCCGGAUGAGGCCUACUCGAUCAUCAUACUGGUGGAUCACGACCUCUACGAGGAUGAGGAUGAUGACUUCUGCUGUGGCAGGGCAUACGGCGGAAGCCGGGUGGCUGUGGUCUCAACAGCGCGGUACCACCCUGUGCUGGACGACCUAGAGGGUAUAGACCACGCCCACAUGUGGCCGGCCUCCCACUGUAAAUCAUAUGUCGAUGAGCUUUGCCGAAAGGGGGGCGUUGAGCCAGAUGCUCAACCCGACUGGGUCAAUCCAGAGCUCAGCUCACCACUUCGCGCUGCUAUUUAUGCAGCUUCCCUGGCCCCCUUGAGCUCUACGCCCGAGGCUCAAACAGGGCUCUGGUUCUCUCGCCUGGUACGCACAGUCUCACAUGAACUGGGGCAUUGCCUAGGGAUGGGACACUGCAAUUACUAUGCGUGUGUCAUGCAAAGCACUGCGGGUAUGGCAGAAGACGUCCGCCAACCGCCAUAUCUCUGCCCAGUUUGCCUGAGCAAGAUUUCGCAUGCAGUCGCGGGGGAGCUGCAAGCUGGAGAUAAAGCUAGGAAGGAAGCCUACAUCUGGGAAAGAUAUGAGGCGCUCGUGACGGUCUGUGACAAGUGGAAACACGUGGGGUUGUUCACUGGAUACGGCGCAUGGCUGCAAGCGAGGCUGGAGAAUCUCGUGAUUACUUAA